GAGGAGUGUUUGAUGAAAUGAACAAGUGGGAGAAAAUUAUGUUCCGUGAAUUUCUUUCCGUGGCCACAUUAUUCGGCACAGGUGAAAGCACCUUUUUUUCUCACGAGCCCCCACCCUGCAGGAAGGUAGAUAUCAUCCUCAGGCUUUCCUUCUUCUCAUCCAUUCUGCCCGUGACCAUCGAGUUGGAGCAACCACCAACAAAAUCUGUUAAAAUGCACGUCGUCUACAAAGAUAUUGAGGGCGACAUGGCCAAAAAGCUGGAGGACCUCUUUGGCCUGGCCAGUGGUGGCCUCAUCGAAGUCAACCCUGGCAAAGUGCUCAUCCCGCCCAAGUUCAAGUCAUAUGCCCAGCGCAUCAUCGAUAUGGAAGUGCGCCCUGACGACGUCUGGCUCGUUUCGUAUCCUCGUACAGGAAGCACAUGGACUCAGGAGAUGGUGUGGCUGAUUGGCAACGACCUCGACUUCCAGGGCGCCAAGAUGCUGCAGCAGCUGCGAGCGCCAGUGCUGGAGCUGACCGCGCUUCUGGGCAAUGACACGUCCGGCGUGAUCAAGCUGAUCGGCGAAACGGUGGAGAUCGUUGAGAGCAUGCCGUCGCCGCGCUUCAUCAAGACGCAUCUGCCGCUGGAGCUGCUGCCCAAGCAGCUCGACGUGGUCAAGCCCAAGAUCGUGUACGUGUGCCGCAACCCCAAGGACAUGUGCGUCUCCUACUACCACUACUGCCGACUCAUGCACGACCUCCACGGCUCGUUCAACGACUUCUGCGAGCUCUUCAUCAACGACAGUGUGCCCAUGGGCCCCAUCUGGAACCACAUCAUGGGCUUCUGGAACCGCAGGAAUGACCCUAACGUGCUCUUCCUCCGCUACGAGGAGCUAAAGAAGGACUUGAAAUCGGUCGUGCUGCGCUGCGCCAAGUUCCUGAACAAGGAGCUGAACGAAGAGGAGGUGCAGGCUGUGCUGCACCACCUGAGCUUCGAGAGCAUGAAGAACAACCCCGCCGUCAACCUAGAGCCCGUGCUCGAGUACCGCAAGACUGCCCUCUUGAACCAGAUGACCGAGGACAAAGUCACGUGUCUGCAGGCGCCCUCGUUCAUCCGCAAGGGCGUCACCGGGGACUGGGCCAACCACAUGAACCCCGAGAUAGCGGCUCGCUUUGACGAGUGGAUUAAGACAAACCUGGAAGGCACUGGACUGAACUUCCAGGUUUGAAGCCCUAAAUUAUAAUCGUAUUAUUUAUCUCUUAAACGAGCAGUUUUCCCACUGUUAAGGUAAAAAUGCAAAGGACGAUUUUGUUACCGUUGCAUUUAUUAAUUUAAGCUUUUAAUAAUGUAAGAAAUACGAGUGGUGAUAAAUAAAAUUGCAAAUUUAGUGUAAGGCUA